UUUUUUUCCAUUUCACAGGGUUUUUUAUCAGCAGUUGGAUAUCCUUUACCCAAAAUGAUUUUUAAACAUGGAAGGAAAAAGAGGAAUUGGGAUUACCUUGAAUUUGAGGAAGAAGAAGACAAGCAAUUAGUCGACUCAAUGGCUUCUCUGGCAUAUCUAGUAUUUGUACAGGGCAUCAGUAUUGAUCAGCUUCCAAUGGUCUUAAGCCCAUUGUACCUUCUGCAGUUUAAUAUGGGGCAUAUUGAAGUCUUUUUGCAAAGAACAGAAGAGUCUGUUUUCUCCAAAGGAUUGGAUCUGCUGGAGAAUAGUUUAUUGAGAAUAGAAGACAACAGUCUACUUCACCGGUACUUAGAAAUCAAGAGUUUUCUUACUGUACCUCAGGGCUUAGUCAAAGUAAUGACACUUUGCCCCGUUGAGACAUUGAGGAAAAAGAGUUUAGCUAUGCUUCAACUGUACAUUAACAAGUUGGAUUCACAAGGCAAAUAUACGUUAUUUAGGUGCUUAUUGAAUACAAGUAAUCACUCAGGUGUAGAGGCCUUUAUUAUUCAAAAUAUCAAAAAUCAAAUCGACAUGUCAUUAAAGAGCACAUGUAACAGCAAAUGGUUUACAGGACCACAGCUGGUUUCCCUUCUAGAUUUGGUGCUCUGUCUCCCAGAGGGUGCCGAAACAGAUUUACUGCAAAACUCAGACAGGAUUAUGGCUUCAUUAAAUUUAUUGAGGUAUUUGGUUAUCAAAGAUAAUGAAAAUGACAAUCAAACUGGAUUAUGGACAGAACUUGGAAAGAUUGGGAAUAAUUUCUUAAAGCCACUCCAUAUGGGACUUAAUAUGUCAAAAGCACAUUAUGAAGCAGAAAUUAAAAACAGCCAAGAAGUCCAGAAGUCUAAAGAUCUUUGUUCCAUAACUGUAGGUGGAGAGGAGCUCCCUAAUAUGCCUCCUGAAAUGCAGCUUAAGGUCCUACAUUCAGCUCUGUUCACAUUUGAUUUGAUUGAAAGUGUUCUCGCUCGAGUAGAAGAACUCAUUGAAAUAAAAACAAAGUCCACCUCUGAAGAAAACACUGAGAUAAAGUGAAGUUUCCACUUGCUAAAGAAAAACAAAGAUGCUGUAUUUUGCUAGGAUUUAUUUAAUACCUUUAUAAAAAUUUUUCUGUAAAAACUUACUGCUAGAAAAAUAAAUGUAGUUUUUCUCAUUUAUCAA